AUGUCUUCCAAAGCGGCCAGGAAGGCCGCGAAAAAGGCCCAAGCAGCCUCCGAAUUCUACGAAGGCCUUGAAGAUAUACCAGAGCUUGAACCUGUUUAUGAUACAUUCCGCUUCCUCGAUCUCCCAUCUGAGAUUCGGGUUAUUGUGUACCACUUUGUGCUGUUCACGCCAACGAAGAAAACCGCGAGGCAAAAUGCUGGCACCGUCGGCGCCUCUGCGAAAAAGGCCAAACUUGUGGCACCAACUGCGCAUCGAAUAGCGUUAUUCUUAGUCUCACAUCGCAUUCAUGGUGAAGCCAGUCAUUAUUUUUAUUCGACACAAAUUUUUCGCGUUUUCACCAUUCAAGAUUUCUCGCGCCGUCCCACCCUCCGAGCAAUACCCCGCCGCUAUCGUCCGUUGGUCUCGACCCUCGAAUUGAUUCUGGGCAACAGUUGGACAGCACCGCCAAAGUCCUGGGUUGUUGAUAAGGGCCUUGGGCUACCUGAUAUGACCCUCACGCGCACAUUGAAGCUAUUCAUUGAGUGCGACCCCUCCCAACCCAUCUUCGAGGGGUUCCGCAUAUCGAAAGAAUAUUACACUGAGUUUUCUGGGAGAUUGGUGAAAGAGAUCCUGGACCAACUUCCAGAUUUGGAAUGGGUCGAAUUCGAUGCAUAUCCGUCUGUACAGAAGAACGGCUCUUUGAUGAGUCGCUUACUACGUGAGGCUCGAGCAGCAAAUAAGAAAGUCAAGUGGGGCCCGCAGAGAGGCUGGACGGAUAUUAAUGAUAUAGGCUUUGUCGUUGAUGAACCAGAGCCAGUUGGCCCUGAUGUCAAUGGGGUGCAAUCACAUGUCCCUACGCCUGUUGAUGAAUUAGCAAACAUGGUCGAGAGUAUCACUUUGAAUGUGAGUGAUCGAGCUGCGACUUACAAUUAG